AUGUCACAAAUCUUCAGCCAGGACAGCGUGCCAGCUGCAGCCCCGGUAAAGGAGCUCAGCCCGGAAGAACUUGCCAAAUUGAGCAAGGAGGAGCGAAAGGCCUACCACGAAGCCCGUCGUGCUGCCCAGCCUCAGCCUGCGGCCAAGAAGCAGCUGACCAAGGCUGAAAGAAGGGAAGAACAAGAGUCACAGCGAAAGGCAAAGGAGGAGAAGACCAAGAAAGUGGGCAAUGAUGAAGAGCUUCUGGCCGAGCUGAAGCUUCAAGGGCUCAAUGAAGAUCAGGCGCGGGAAAUGGCAAAAGAGAUGCAGCAGGGUGAAAAGUUGGAAGGUGAUGAUGACGAUGAAGGUGAAGGAGAAGAUCUGGGUGCCUCAGUUGCCCGGUGGAUGAGUGAACAGGAGGAAAUUACGAAGGAGUCCUUGAGAGACUUCAACAUGAAAGUGCGCUGGCAGGGCCAUGUCAACACAUUGCCAGCGGAUCACCUAGGUUGUAUCCUGAAGAUCCUCUUCAAGGAUGCAUGUGCCAGCUGUGACCUUUCUGGCAAGCUUCCGCCAACCGCUGUGGCUGAAAAGCUGAAAGCUCCCUUGGCACGCUGGGCACCAGUGCUGGAACCGAUGUAUCGGUCGAUUGACGACGUGAUGCUGGGGCCGGACUGCGUUUGCAGCGCUGCAACAGAGGCAGUAAACGAAGCUGUCCAAGCAAGCAACGGCACAGAGGCAGCAGGAGCUGCUGCGAUUGUGGGUUGCUACAUGGCUUUACGAGAGGACGACAUCCUGCCUGAUGAGGAGUUGCUGAUGGGGUGCAGGAGAAUCUCUUCCGAACAUCCAAGUACAGUCCUGGAAAAGUUCGUUGAAUUCCUGGAAGACGCCCUGGAGGAUGACUCUGACGAAGACGAAGACGAGUGA